AUGCCUCCCAAGAAGGAACCCGUUAUGAGCGCAUUCGAGCGCAAGCGCCUUGAGAACAUUGCCAACAACAAUGCCAUCCUAAGCGGCAUCAGCACCACGGCCGACAAGAUCAUCCCGAAGCCUGCGCCUCCCAAGCCCAAACGCGCCAGCACUCCCCGAGUCAAGCGCGAACCUGUCAAAAAGGAACCAGCCCGUCCCACGCGCCAGAGCAGUCGCCUCGCCGGCCUCGAGGCCGAUUCUGAAGUUCUCAAGCGCAAACUAGAUGUCGAGGCCGAAGCAGAGGUGGCAAAGGCCAAGGCCAAGAAGAUGCGCGUCAGUGGUGACUUGACCCUCGGCGACAUCACAGUUGAGGGUCGCAAGUGGGAAAACAGUGUAGACGGCCUAGCACUCUUGAAGGGCCUCGGUGUACGAGGGGCGCAACCCGGUGUGAGGACAUUUACAGACGACGAUGUCAAGGAUACCAAGAACAAGGGGUUAAAGGACUUGCGGUUGCGCAUGAGCGGACUCAAGUUAUAUGAGAAGUGGGCAGUCAAUGACAUCAAACUCGUACCCCAGCGAAUCUACUCCAUGUGCUUCCAUCCCACCGAAGAAAAACCCAUAAUAUUUGCUGGCGACAAAGAAGGCGCCAUGGGCGUAUUCGAUGCCUCCCAGCCCGCGCCCCAAAUCGACGACGACGACGACGACGAAGAAGCCGACUACCCAGACCCCAUCAUAUCCGCCUUCAAAACCCACUCCCGCACAAUCUCGUCGUUGCAUUUCUCCCCUUCCGACUCCAAUGCCAUUUACUCGGCCUCGUACGACUCUUCGAUCCGCAAACUGGACCUGGACAAGGGCGUCUCAACCGAAGUCUUUGCCCCGUCUUCUUCAUCUGACGACCUCCCCAUCUCGGCCAUCGAUAUCCCGAGCACCGACCCGAAUACCGUCAUCUUCUCGACCUUGCAAGGCUCACUAGGCCGACAAGACCAGCGCACCAAACCUUCCUCGGCCGAGAUCUGGGGCUUGACCGACCAAAAGAUCGGAGGUUUUUCCCUGCACCCUCAAAACCCUCACCUCAUCGCGACCGCCUCGCUCGACCGCACCCUCAAGAUCUGGGACCUGCGCAAGAUCACAGGUAAGGGCGACCUCCGCCACCCCGUUCUUUUAGGGGAGCAUGAAUCGCGUCUGUCUGUCUCACACGCUUCCUGGUCUUCGUCGGGAUCGAUCGCCACUUCUUCGUACGACGACCGCAUCAAGAUCUACAGCUUCCCCUUGGCGGGCGAGUGGAAAGCCGGGCACGACAUACCGUCAAAGGAAAUGCAGCCGACGGUGCAGAUACCGCAUAACAACCAGACGGGCAGAUGGGUGACGAUUUUGAAGCCCCAGUGGCAGAGGAACCCGCAGGACGGGUGGCAGAAGUUUGUCAUUGGAAACAUGAAUCGGUUCGUGGACGUUUUUGCGGAGGACGGAGAGCAGUUGGCGCAGCUGGGAGGGGAUGGGAUCACGGCGGUGCCGGCGGUUGCACACUUUCAUCCGACCAAGGACUGGGUGGCCGGCGGAACGGCGAGUGGGAAGUUGUGUUUGUGGCAGUAG